AUCCCUGCAUUUAGGUUUGUUGACCAACGCGGUUGUAUUUUACUUUUACAACAACAACCGUGCGUAGUUUUACGGGCACGGUCAUAUUUAAAUUUACAUGAUUAUUAUCAGUUUGUUUUUCGCGCGUUGUACAUACAAUUCUCUCUUAAUCAGGAAAACUCAUCAAAAUGUUUACAAAAUCGAUGGCAAUGAUACAAUAUUAAAAUACACAACGGCACCGGUGUUAAUGCCAAAGUCCAAACAAAUUAUGCCUACACUUUACCGAAGCAUAGCUUCUCUGAAAACGUGUGGACAACGACUGCGAUGGUCCGGCGUGCUGCGAAGGAUGCGGCCUGAAGAUUGUCGACAGAUUUCUGAUGCGCGUAGGCUCCAGUAGCUGGCAUGAACACUGUGUCACGUGUUCGGCAUGCGGCAUCCCGCUGUCCACGUCGUGCUACUACCGUCACAACGGGUUGUACUGCAAAAAUGACUACGACAGAUUGUUUGGCGUCAAGUGCGGUAGAUGUGGCGACCCGUUGGGCCCCAGGGAGCUAGUGAUGCGCGCCGGACCCAGUCAUGUGUACCACGUGGGUUGUUUCGCGUGUGUGGCUUGCAUGCAACCGCUGCAGAAAGGACAGCAAUACGUGGUCAGGGCAGGCGGAGGACAGCUGAUCUGCAGAACGGACUACGAGAAGGAGAUCUUUUUGAUGCAACAGUCGGCGGGAAGUCCGCAAACUGCGGACGACCCACUGACCACAGAUGAGAACUGCAGACCACGGGACGGCCGCCGUGGCCCCAAAAGACCUAGGACCAUUUUGACUUCGGUGCAACGGCGGCAGUUCAAAGCGUCGUUCGAGGUCAGUCCUAAGCCGUGCAGGAAGGUGCGAGAGGCGCUUGCCAAAGACACGGGUCUGAGCGUGCGAGUCGUCCAAGUGUGGUUCCAAAAUCAGAGGGCCAAAAUCAAAAAGAUCCAAAGGAAGACCAAGCAGGACGACAAAAACACCAACAACAACAACGCGAUCAGCACAGACAAGAACGAGACUGAACACGCCACCAAUACCACGUCCAGCGUUUGCUCUGGAGAUCACUAUUUGAGCUUAAGCACGCUAAGUAUGCAUGACAGCAGCGACUCAAACUACCAGAACAGCCAGCCGCUUAACCCUAACAACCCGUACUCGCCCGAAGGUACUUACAUCGGUGACCAUUCAGUAGACAGCUUUUGCAGUUCGGACGUGUCGCUGGACGGUAGCACCACAGCGGCGGACGAAAUGGGUUCGGACACCAUGUCACUUGAUCUAUCAGUGCACGGGACGCAGCAACAUGUCAUGCACCAUCAUCAUGCGGGUAGCGCGUCCGUCAUGUCGGGCCAACAGGUCAACCCCAUCGACAAGCUGUACCUGAUGCAAAAUUCAUACUUUAACGGUACCAACGAACACUAGUCAAUGUUUUCCGGUAACGGAAAAUCCAAAAAUAAAAAACACGAUAAUUGUAUUUUCUUCUCGUUCCCUGUCUAUUAUUAUUAAACCUAAGUAUAUUAAAGUU